GACCAAAAUAUUACUAUGGCACCCCGAAAUUGAAUCAUUCAGGAACCAGAUACUAGAGAUCUCAUCACAACGGCGUAGAUAAUAAUUUGCUGAAGCGGCCCAGGAAAGAAGGACCAAAGAAACCCUUAUCAGAGCCUAUCAAAGAGGAAAGCUAAACGAUUCACAGAGAGAGGUGACGCCAGAGAAAGCUUCUGAGGUUCACGGAGAGCGGUUUUACGCUUUUCGAGGCCAAUUCAUCGGCCACUUGCUUCGGUGUAUUCACUAUUCAGCAUAAAAGAUGAGUACGCUGGAUGUAGCUAGGGCAGAACUUGCUCUCGUUGUUUUGUAUUUGAACAAGGCAGAAGCCAGGGACAAGAUAUGCAGGGCAAUACAAUAUGGUUCCAAAUACUUGAGUAAUGGAGAGCCUGGUACAGCCCAAAAUGUUGACAAAUCAACCAGCUUGGCACGGAAGGUCUUCCGUCUUUUCAAGUUUGUCAAUGACUUGCAUGCUCUUAUCAGUCCAACUCCGGCAGGAACUCCCCUUCCCCUUGUUUUGCUCGGAAAGUCCAAAAACGCGUUACUGUCCACAUUCUUGUUUCUUGAUCAAAUUGUGUGGCUUGGGAGGACAGGCAUUUAUAAGAACAAGGAUCGGGCUGACGUGAUUGGCCGCAUCUCUCUUUUCUGUUGGAUGGGUUCUUCGAUUUGUACCACUUUGGUUGAGCUUGGGGAGCUUGGAAGACUUUCUGCAUCAAUGAAGAAGAUAGAAAAGCAACUUAAGAAAGACGAUAAAUAUCAAAAUGAGGAAUACCGUGCCAAACUUAAAAAAUCAAAUGAGAGGUCUUUGGCCCUAAUUAAAGCUGGCAUGGAUAUAGUGGUAGCUGUUGGGCUGCUUCAAUUGGCACCUAAGAAAGUUAACCCCCGUGUAACUGGAGCCUUUGGAUUUGUUUCCUCGCUAAUCUCUUGUUAUCAGUUGCUUCCAUCGCCGCCAAAGUCCAAGGCAUCCUGAAAUGAGAAUCAUGCUUUCCUCAAUGUGCUCCAAUGUCAUUCAAAUAAUUAUUUAGACUCAUGAGAUAAACUUGGUUUGAGCUUUAAGCAAUUUGCCUCUACUGUAGCACUUCAUUGUGUUCUUUCACAAUCGAAAUAUCACAUGGUCAUGUCUUGUUUCAUAGUUUAACUAAUAAUUAGCUGCUGGUAAUUGCAUGAUUAUAUCAGCUUAUUGUA